AUGCUCAAGUGCAUCCCGCUGUGGCGCUGCAACCGGCACGUGGAGUCGGUGGACAAGCGGCACUGCUCGCUGCAGGCCGUGCCCGAGGAGAUCUACCGCUACAGCCGCAGCCUGGAGGAGCUGCUGCUCGACGCCAACCAGCUGCGCGAGCUGCCCAAGCCCUUCUUCCGGCUGCUGAACCUGCGCAAGCUGGGCCUGAGUGACAACGAGAUCCAGCGGUUACCUCCUGAGGUGGCCAACUUCAUGCAGCUUGUGGAGCUGGAUGUGUCCCGGAAUGACAUCCCUGAGAUACCAGAGAGCAUCAAGUUCUGUAAGGCUCUGGAGAUCGCAGACUUCAGUGGGAACCCCCUGUCCAGGCUCCCUGAUGGCUUCACUCAGCUGCGCAGCCUGGCUCACCUGGCCUUGAAUGACGUGUCCCUGCAGGCGCUGCCUGGGGACGUGGGCAACCUUGCCAACUUAGUGACCCUGGAGCUCAGGGAGAACUUGCUCAAGUCCCUGCCUGCGUCUCUCUCUUUUCUGGUCAAGCUGGAACAGCUGGAUCUGGGAGGCAACGAUCUGGAAGUGCUGCCUGACACUUUGGGGGCUCUGCCCAACCUAAGGGAGCUGUGGCUAGACCGGAACCAGCUGGCAACACUGCCCCCGGAGCUUGGGAACCUGCGGCGCCUGGUAUGCCUGGAUGUGUCGGAGAACCGUCUGGAAGAGCUACCCGUGGAGCUUGGAGGGCUGGUGCUGCUCACGGACUUGCUACUGUCCCAGAACUUGCUGCAGCGGCUGCCAGACGGCAUUGGUCAGUUGAAGCAGCUGUCUAUCCUAAAGGUGGACCAGAACCGGCUGUGCGAGGUGACCGAGGCCAUCGGUGACUGCGAGAACCUCUCUGAGCUGAUCCUCACGGAGAACCUGCUGACGGCCCUGCCCCACUCUUUGGGGAAGCUGACCAAGUUGACCAACCUCAACGUGGACCGGAACCACCUGGAGGCGCUGCCUCCUGAGAUUGGAGGCUGUGCGGCGCUCAGUGUCCUUUCCUUGAGGGACAACCGUCUGGCCACCCUGCCACCUGAACUUGCCCACACAACUGAGCUUCAUGUGCUGGACGUGGCUGGGAACCGGCUGCAGAGUCUGCCGCUCGCACUCACCCACCUCAACCUCAAGGCUCUGUGGCUGGCUGAGAACCAGGCACAGCCCAUGCUGCGCUUCCAGACGGAGGAUGACGCCCAGACUGGCGAGAAGGUGCUCACCUGCUACCUGCUGCCCCAGCAGCCCCUGCCCAGCCUCGAGGAUCUUGGGCAGCAGGGCAGCCCCUCAGAGAGCUGGAGCGAUGCCCCCCUGAGCCGUGUAAGCGUCAUCCAAUUCCUAGAGGACCCUGCGGGUGAUGAGGACGCCGAGGAGGCAGCUGCCGAGAAGCGGGGCCUGCAGCGCCGGGCCACGCCUCACCCCAGCGAGCUCAAGGUGAUGAAGAGGGGUGUGGAGGAGCGUCGGGGUGAGGCCUACUCCUGCAGGCCAGACCCCAUGCCGCCCUCGCCCUCAGAGGAGGAGAAGAGGCUGAGCACUGAGUCCGGCCUGAGCGAAGGCUCUCACCCAUCUGCCAGCACAACGUCCGGAGGAGAGCCCCAAGGCCCUCCGGAUGGGGUGGAGGGGCUGGGUCAGCAGGAAGACAUACCGGCUGGCCAGGAGGAGGAUGCAGAGGAAGACUAUGAGGAGCCCACAGUGCACUUCGCAGAGGACACGCUGCUGCCCAGGGAAGGUGGCGAGAGCGAGGAGGGACAGCUCGAGGCACCCUGGCCCCUGCCGGGCGGGAGACAGCGGCUUAUUCGCAAAGACACACCUCACUACAAAAAGCACUUCAAGAUCUCCAAGCUUCCCCAGCCCGAGGCGGUUGUGGCCCUCCUGCAGGGGAUGCAGCCCGACGGGGAAGGCCCUGCAACACCUGGGGGAUGGCACAACGGCCCCCACACGCCCUGGGCUCCCCGGGCCCAGGAGGAGGAGGAGGAGGAGGAGGACAGGGCCGAGCAGGAGGGCGAGGCCACCACGGAGGAGGAGGAGGAGGACAGGGAGGAGGCCGCAGCUCCUGUGCCUUCCGUCAAGGGGGUGUCGUUUGACCAGGCCAAUAACCUGCUGAUAGAGCCUGCUCGCAUUGAGGAGGAAGAGCUCACACUUACCAUCGUGCGGCAGACCGGGGGCCUGGGCAUCAGCAUCGCUGGGGGCAAGGGGUCGACGCCCUACAAGGGUGAUGAUGAGGGCAUAUUCAUCUCUCGGGUGUCUGAGGAGGGCCCUGCAGCCCGGGCUGGUGUCCGAGUAGGCGACAAGCUCCUGGAGGUGAAUGGCGUGGUCUUGCAGGACGCCGAACACCAUGAGGCCGUGGAGGCGCUGCGGGGGGCAGGCACCGCCGUGCAGAUGCGAGUGUGGCGGGAACGCAUGGUGGAGCCUGAGAACGCGGUCACUGUCACGCCCCUGCGGCCUGAGGACGACUACAGCCCCCGGGAGCGGCGGGGAGGCACGCUACGCCUGCCCCUGCUCCAGCCCGAGGCCCCUGGGCCCCUCCGUCAGCGCCACGCAGCCUGUCUCAUGCGCAGCGAAAAGGGGCUAGGUUUCAGCAUUGCUGGUGGCAAAGGCUCCACACCCUACCGGGCUGGCGAUGGGGGCAUCUUCAUCUCCCGCAUCGCCGAGGGGGGUGCUGCCCACCGGGCAGGCACUCUGCAGGUUGGCGACCGCGUCCUCUCGAUCAACGGGGUGGACAUGACGGAAGCCAGGCACGACCAUGCCGUGUCCCUGCUGACCGCCGCCUCCCCCACCAUCGCCCUGCUGCUGGAGCGGGAGGCCGGGGGGGCCCUUCCCCCAAGUCCCCCACCACGUUCCUCCCCACCCGUCACUGCUACUGCCACUGCCACUACAACCACCACCACCCCCGGGGACUCUGGGCUGCCAAGGCUGGCUCCCAGCCUGUUGGCUGCGGCCCUAGAGGGGCCAUACCCGGUGGAGGAGGUCCAUCUGCCAAGAUCUGGAGGCCCCCUGGGGCUUAGCAUCGUUGGGGGCUCUGACCAUUCCAGCCACCCAUUUGGUGUCCAGGAGCCUGGUGUGUUCAUCUCCAAGGUGCUGCCGCGGGGCCUGGCUGCUCGAAGUGGCCUGCGGGUUGGGGACCGCAUCCUGGCAGUGAAUGGUCAGGAUGUGCGGGAGGCCACGCACCAGGAGGCAGUCAGCGCCCUGCUCCGGCCUUGCCUGGAGUUAUCCCUGCUCGUGCGGAGGGACCCACCUCCACCGGGCAUGCGGGAACUUUGCAUCCAGAAGGCCCCUGGAGAGAAGCUGGGCAUCAGCAUCCGCGGGGGUGCCAAGGGCCACGCAGGGAACCCCUGUGACCCCACGGACGAGGGCAUCUUCAUCUCCAAGGUGAGCCCCGCAGGGGCGGCCGGGCGUGAUGGUCGGCUGCGAGUGGGGCUGCGUCUGCUGGAGGUGAACCAGCAGAGCCUGCUGGGCCUGACCCACAGCGAAGCUGUGCAGCUGCUGCGCAGUGCGGGUGACACUCUCACCGUGCUUGUCUGCGAUGGCUUCGACACCAGCACCACUGCAACCCUGGAGGUGUCCCCAGGUGUCAUUGCCAACCCCUUUGCGGCAGGCAUCACCCACCGGAACAGCCUGGAAAGCAUCUCAUCCAUUGACCGAGAGCUGAGCCCUGAGGGCCCCGGCAAGGACAAGGAGCUGGCUGGACAGACCCCACACUGGGGACUCGAGGCCGCAGAGGUCCCGGGCCGGAGUCUGGAGCCCUUGAAGCUGGACUACCGCGCCCUGGCCGCCGUGCCCAGCGCUGGCAGCCUGCGAAGGGUUCCAUCUGGGAUAGUUGGAGGGAAGAUGGCUGAAGCCCUCUACUUUUCCAGCAGCCAGCAGGGCCAGAGGUGGUACUGGCUGCAUGAGUGCCCUGCUCCACCUCGGCAGUGGGGUGGUGGGGCGGGUAGGGCUGACUCCUUUGAAGGCAUUUGGCCUCAGCCCCCACCCCUUGCUCUCGUGUUCGGCGAGCAGGCUGGGAUGAAGUCUCUGGAGCAGGACGCUCUCCGUGCUCAGAUGGUCCUCAGCAAGUCCCAGGAGGGCCGGAGCAAGCGCGGGCCCCUGGAGCGACUGGCCGAGGCCCCUUCGCCCGCGCCCACCCCAUCGCCCACCCCCUUGGAAGACCUGGGCCCCCAGACCAGCACCUCCCCGGGACGCCUGCCCUUGUCUGGAAAGAAGUUUGACUACAGGGCGUUUGCAGCCCUGCCUUCUUCCAGACCUGUCUAUGAUAUCCAGUCGCCGGACUUUGCUGAGGAGUUGAGGUCCUUGGAACCAUCUCCCAGCCCAGGCCCGCAGGAGGAGGACGGAGAGGUGGCCUUGGUUCUCCUGGGCAGGCCAGCGCCUGACGCCGUGGACCCGGAAGACGCGACGCUGUGCAGCAGCAGCCGUGCCAUGCAGCCAGGGCGCCGUGGCCUAGGCCCGGUGCCCUCCUAGAGGGGCGCAGCGCCUUCCCCCAGGCUUGGGGUGGGGGCCCUGCCAGCUCCAACACCUCCCUUGCCCCAAGUCUUUUAACCUGGGUGUUAGCAUUUUAAAGAGACCCCUCAGGAGUUCUGGCCUCUAACUCCCCCACCCCCAGCCAGGAUCUCUUGGCGAGACUGUAACUAGUGAUGUUUGUACAACCAAAGACUCUAUUUUGUGGUUUAAGGAGAAUAAAGUUGACUACCUUUUA